AUGCCUCCAUACGAUGAAUCUAGAUCGAAAGGGGGAGCUGGUAGGCUCAACACCCAUAGCACCUCUUCCAACCGUCUCUCCUUGAGCCACAUUCCUGAACGACUAAGGAUUGGGGAUGACGAACAAGAGGAUAUGGCGGCUCCGCCAUCGGACACUGCUGGUCGUGCAGGGAUGUUGACACACAUGCAUCAGUCUGUCUUCUCCAUGAUAGCCGCCGCAAGCUCUAAAAGUGAUUUCCACACCAGAUUCGAUGAGUACAGCGAUGCGGAUGAAGAUACAGACCAGCCACUCAAGAACCGUUUCCUAUCAAACGAUAGCGUCGAUAUUCGGGGUGGUGACAGCCCUUCCACAAACCAGCUUACGCAAAUCGCCCAUGGAGACAAGCCUUCCCCAUCUUCCAAAACUCUGAACGAACGUGGUCGGUCGAUUCAUCGGAAAAGGAUGUCAGAGAGCCAGUUUCUGAAAUCCCUUUCGAAACUGCCGGGCAAGAGUCCUACCGGGAAAGAGACAACUCCUGAACCAGAUGUCACAGCGUCGAACGAGCCGUCAGCCGGGGAAGCUGUACAAAUAGUGGCUUCCACAGAGGCUCCAGUGCAAGGUCUCAUGCGUGAAGCGCAAGCCCGCUUUGGCGAAUCUGAAUCUCCACCAAACCAGACGGGGAUUUCUGAAAAAGACCGCCAACGAAAGGAGUCAUCACUCUCGUCACUUCUCUCCGCACGACUUAUGGAUAUAUUUGGGUUUGAUAGGCCUGAAAAGGUUAUAUCAGAGUACCAAUGUUGGCUUCUCCAAAGUGUAUUGCUUCAGGGGUACAUGUACAUUACCGAAAGACAUAUUAGCUUCUACGCCUAUCUCCCCAAAAAGUCCCAUACCAUUGUCAAGUCGGGUUAUCUUUCGAAACGAGGACGUCAAAACCCGAAAUAUAGUCGAUACUGGUUCACGCUCAAGGGUGAUGUAUUGUCGUAUUAUCUCGACCCGUCAAACCUUUAUUUCCCCAGUGGUCAAGUUGACCUGCGGAAUGGGAUUUCGGCCAGUUUAACGGAACAUAAAGGCAAGGACAAAGACGUGAAAGAUUUUACGAUUACGACAGACACUCGAAUCUAUCGAUUCCGGGCUGACAGUGCCACGAAUGCGAGGGAGUGGGUGAAAACCUUGCAAAAGGUUAUUUUCAGAUCCCACAAUGAGGGAGAUAGCGUCAAGAUAUCUUUACCGAUUGAGAAUGUUAUUGACAUAGAGGAAAACCCUGUUAUUGAUUUUGCAGAUACUUUCAAAAUCCGCGUUUUCGAAAGCGGUGAGAGUUGUGCGGUUGAUGAGUACUUCUUUUCAUUUUUUGAAUGUGGCAAAGAGGCCAUAGAAGUUUUGAAAAAGUUAGUCAACCAAACGCCAGAACAGCAAAUCCAACACAACGCAUUUGCACCUGAUUAUGGCCGAGCGCCCAGACCUCGCUCCCAAUCCGUUGGGGCGGUUUCACCUCCAUGUGGAACAACGUUACAUCCUGAGUCGGUCAGAGCUACCCUGCGGCCCUGGUCGCCUCUUCGCGACCGGAGUCGAAGUCCUAAGAUUUCAGGACUUCGCGGCUUAAUGCAGGGCCACAUCAAUGAACCGAAUGUAGCUGGCCUUGGGCAAAGAAGGAGGAGCGAGAGUACCGGCAGAGUCAAUGUUGGGGACCACCCACCCGAAAGGUCUCCUGAGGGUAAACUUCAGAGCUCAUCAGAUUCGUUUGUUCAGUCUUUAGAACAUGCAACGGAGGUUUCCGCUAUCUUACAGUCGGCAUGCGGGACAGCGGAGUCCGCCAGCCAGAUCUUGAACAGGAGCGAUGUUUUCCAGUCGCCCACCAUUAAUAUGCUACGGCCCUCACCAUCUGAACCUGGGGAUGAACCGCGGCGCCAUUCAGAAGAUACUACCCGCUUCGUACCAUCAGGCGCAGAAGUCGAAGUUUUCAACCAGCCUCCUACAAGAACGCAGAUAACCGAAUCUCUUAUGAGAUCCGGGCCAGUUGAGCCUCAGGAUGGUGGUGGUGACUCUGAACAUGAUCUUCAACAUAGAAGUGCAGCUCGCUCUGCUUCAUCACCCACCCUUCAAGAGUUAAUGAAGGUUGGCAGCUAUCCGUUGCAACGUGCUGCCGGAUUCCUUAAAAGUCGAUCAAAGCGCAUGAGUAACAUUCUUGCAACUGAAUCGAUGGGGUAUUUCGAAAAAGUAUCUGGCAUGUGGAUAGGUGGGAGGAAACACUAUGGAGAGGGCCAAGCUGUUCUAUCCGAUGAUAGGAUGGUUGAUCCGGAAGAUGAAGAGCAAGGAUGUGGACACGGACAGAGAUUCCGUGCUCAUUUUGCCCUCCCUCCUUCUGAGAAGCUAGUGGCUACAUACUUUGCUUAUCUUCAUCGAGUUCUCCCGCUUUACGGCAAGCUAUAUAUUAGCAAUCGGAAAAUGUGUUUCAGAAGCCUACUUCCUGGGACGCGGACCAAGAUGAUCCUACCAUUAAAGGAUAUAGAAAAUGUCGAAAAAGAGAAGGGUUUUCGGUUCGGGUACCACGGUCUUGUUGUGAUUAUUAGCGGUCACGAAGAGUUGUUUUUCGAAUUCAAUACCGCAGAUGGCCGAGAUGACUGUGCUGUUACCCUGCAUCAAAAUCUUGAGUCAGUUCGAUACCUAGUUGAGUCUGGUUUGUUUGCACAGCAAGAAAAAGAGGAGGCUGAGGCUGCGAUGGCUGAACAUCAAAUGCUACAAGAGGCAAGGCUUGGGGGCCUCGAUGAGCAACAGGGCUCUCAAACGCUCUCUUCCUCCGUGCCAUUGUCUCCCGCGACAUCUCCAAUUCUCUUUGAUGAUCCACGUGUUUCCAUGGUCAAUUUCAAGCCUCACGAGUCGCUAAGGAUUACAUGUCUGACCAUUGGUUCCCGUGGGGAUGUACAACCAUACAUUGCACUGUGCAAGGGAUUGAUAGCGGAAGGCCACAGACCGAAAAUCGCGACUCAUAAGGAGUUUGAACCUUGGAUAAGACACCAUGGCAUUGAGUUUGCCCCAGUUGAAGGGGAUCCGGCGGAACUCAUGCGGAUAUGUGUGGAAAACGGGAUGUUUACAUACUCCUUCUUGAAAGAAGCAUCCUCAAAGUUCCGAGGUUGGAUUGAUGACCUUCUCUCUUCUGCAUGGAAAAGUUGUCAAAAUAGUGAUAUCCUGAUUGAAUCUCCGAGCGCCAUGGCUGGCAUACACAUUGCGGAGGCUCUCAGGAUACCCUACUUCCGCGCCUUCACGAUGCCUUGGACUAGGACUAGAGCAUAUCCACAUGCAUUCGCUGUUCCCGAACAUAAGAUGGGUGGGGCGUACAAUUACAUUACCUAUGUCAUGUUUGACAAUGUUUUUUGGAAAGCUAUAGCUGGACAAGUGAACCGAUGGCGCAAGCGAGAACUUGGUCUUCGCGGUACCAAUCUCGAUAAGAUGCAGCCAAACAAAGUUCCUUUCCUAUAUAACUUCUCGCCUUCCGUUGUACCACCGCCUCUUGAUUACAGCGACUGGAUUCGCGUUACGGGAUAUUGGUUCUUGGAUGAAGGCAGCAGUUGGACACCGCCAACUGAAUUAACAAAUUUCAUCGAACAGGCCCAAGCCGACAAGAAGAAGAUCGUCUACAUCGGUUUCGGCUCCAUCGUUGUCUCCGAUCCAGCCGCUCUUACUAAGACGAUCGUGGAUUCCGUACUCCGGGCCGAUGUCCGGUGUAUUUUAUCGAAGGGUUGGUCCGACCGGCUUGGUGACCCGUCAAGCGGAAAAGUGGAAAUUGCCCUCCCGCCUGAGAUUCAUCAAAUUAAGGCAGCGCCGCAUGACUGGCUGUUCUCCCAGAUUGAUGCAGCCGCGCAUCACGGUGGAGCUGGCACGACGGGUGCAAGUUUACGCGCUGGUAUUCCGACGAUCAUCAAGCCGUUCUUUGGGGAUCAGUUUUUCUUCGGGUCCAGGGUUGAGGAUCUUGGGAGGCUUAACGUGAGUGCCUUUUCGAGAGCUUUGUGGGAAGCUACGCAUAGCGAGCGGAUUAUUGUUAAGGCGAAAGCGCUUGGGGAGCAGAUUCGAAAGGAAGACGGCGUAGCAACCGCUAUCCAGGCAAUAUAUCGGGAUCUGGAAUACGCAAAGACUCUCGUUCGACAGCGCUCCCAUACCUUAUCAGCUUCCCAGGCCGUUGCUCUCGCAACAUCGACACUGGAAGAAACCGGCAUUGACAUACCCGACAUGGGUCUCGAUGACGAUGGCCAUGGCUCAGGCUCCGGCUCCGGUGAUCCAGAUUUCUACGGCGCCAUGGAGGACUCGUGGACAUUUGUGGGCGAUGAAACGGAUAGUGAUCGUGCUAAGAGAAGUGGAGAUCGAGAGGAGUUAUGA